AUACUUUAUGACAUAUGCUCUGUUGUUUAGCAACUCAUAAAAUCCUCACACUCUGUUAUUUAGACAUCGAAUUUGACACGAACACUUUCAACUCCAACUCACUCAGUCUAAUGACGACUUCUAACUUCAUCUUCAUCUUCAUCUUCCUUAUCCAAUUCUUCACCAUUCCCUCACUUGCUGACCUCCCCGGCACGUGGGAACUCCUGGUCCCUGACGCCGGAAUUGCUUCGAUGCACACCGCCGUCACCCAUUACAACACUGUUGUACUCCUUGACCGCACCGAUAUUGGUCCUUCCCGAAGAAGACUCCCUCCCCACCAUUGCCGUAACGACCCCAAUGACCCCAUUUUGAAAAAAGACUGUUAUGCUCACUCUCUUCUUCUUGAUUUGGAAACGAAUUCAGUUCGGCCUCUUAGGAUCCUCACAGACACUUGGUGUUCUUCCGGCCAAUUUCUCCCGGACGGUACUCUUCUCCAUACCGGAGGUGAUCUUGAUGGGUUCCGCAAAUUCAGAAAAUUCACUCCUUGUGAAUCUUCUAGCUCGGUUUGUGAUUGGGAAGAACUUCAAAAUGUUCAGCUUUCUCAAGGGAGAUGGUAUUCCACGAAUCAGAUAUUACCCACCGGAGAAAUCAUAAUUGUCGGCGGCCGUGCUGCUAGUAGUGUUGAGUUUUUUCCACCGAGAGAAACCGGAGCGGUUGAAUUCCCUUUCUUAACUCAAGCUGAAGAUAGACAACAUGAUAAUCUUUAUCCUUAUGUUCAUUUGCUACCAAAUGGACAUCUCUUCAUUUUCGCCAACAAUAAAGCCGUCAUGUAUGAUUUUACGGCAAAUAAUAUAGUUAAAGAUUACCCAAUACUCGACGGUGGUCCAAGAAACUACCCAUCAGCAGGAUCAUCAGCUAUGUUGGCCCUAACACAGGAUUAUUCCUCUGCCACCAUUGUUAUUUGUGGUGGAGCUCAAUUUGGGGCUUAUUUACAGAGGAGCACAGAUACUCCUGCAAAUGGGAGUUGCGGUAGAAUUGAAGCCACCGGAGAAAACCCAGUUUGGGAAAUGGAAGAUAUGCCCUUUGCGAGAAUCAUGGGUGAUAUGGUGAUGUUACCAACCGGAGAAAUUCUUAUCAUUAAUGGAGCUCAAGCAGGAACACAAGGCUUUGAAAUGGCGUCAAAUCCUUGUUUGAACCCAGUUUUAUACAGACCAGAUGAACCUUUAGGACUCCGAUUCAUGACUUUGAAUCCCGGUACAAUUCCAAGAAUGUAUCACUCCACAGCCAAUUUGCUUCCGGACGGUCGGAUCUUGCUCGCCGGAAGCAACCCACAUUUUUUUUACAAGUUCGGGGUGGAAUUCCCGACGGAAUUAAGGAUCGAAGCAUUUUCUCCGGAGUAUUUAUCAGCAGACAGAGCAAACCUCCGACCAGUUCUGGUAGAAUUGCCGGAAAAGCUCAAAUACGGUGAGGAUUUUGGGGUGGCAGUGACGGUGGAGCUGCCGGUGGUUGGCAUUAUUGAGGUGAAUAUAGCGAGUGCUCCAUUUUCAACACAUUCGUUUUCACAGGGGCAAAGGCUUGUGAAAUUGAAAGUAACGAGCGCUAUUCCCGAUGAUGCCGGUAAAUAUAGGAUCGGAUGUACAGCACCGCCGGACGGGAAGGUGGCGCCGCCGGGAUAUUACAUGGUAUUUGCUGUAAACCAAGGAGUGCCAGGUGUAGCACGAUGGGUCCAGAUAGUUGUUUGAAACUUUUUUAUUUAUUUAGUUUAUAUUCUAAACUCUUUAAAGUCUGAAUGAGACUACAAGGGUUUAUUAUUUUAUUUUAUCCUUUCAAAUAAAUUGGAAAUAUAAUAUAAAGCCCAAGUACUUUAUAGUUUUAUCA